UCCAACUUGUUUGCUUGUGACUUGUGACUCAGCAAAAAUAAAAGUCAUCCUCUCUUUCUCACAAUCACACACACACACACACACUUGACUCGCAAACAAAAUCAAGAACCCAAUACCUUAACUACAUCCUGAUAUAAUUACAUAGAUGGAGGGAGAAACCGCUGCGAAGGCAGCAGGGAGUUCCUCCUCAUCACCAAGCCGAUAUGAGUCACAGAAAAGACGAGACUGGAACACUGUCCUUCAGUAUUUAAAGAACCACAAGCCACCUCUGAGCCUGUCUCGUUGCAGUGGCGCACACGUCAUCGAGUUCCUUAAGUACCUCGACCAGUUUGGUAAGACCAAAGUCCACGUCCUGGCUUGUCCCUUCUUUGGAGAGCCGAACCCACCGGCUCAGUGCACUUGCCCUCUCCGGCAAGCUUGGGGAAGCCUCGACGCUCUCAUCGGCCGUCUAAGGGCUGCGUUUGAGGAAAUAGGCGGUGGUCUUCCUGAGUCAAACCCUUUCGCUGCCAAAGCUGUUAGGAUCUAUCUUAAGGAAGUCCGUGAAACUCAGGCUAAGGCUCGAGGGAUUCCCUACGAUAAGAAAAAACGAAAACGGCCUCUUACAGCCAAGGCAACUCCCAACGUCGAUGAUGGAGAAAGCAGUGGAGGAAGUGGUGGUGCUGCUUUGGUCGUUUCUUCAACUAUGGUAUAGUCACGCCACCGACGGAAUCCAAAUACCUGAUGCUAAAUCUUAAUAAAGUAUAUAUAAAUGGUUUAGUAAUUAUUAUGUUCUUUACUUUCUAAAUAAUCAAAUGUUUUGUGUAUUAAGUAUUGAGAUGUAUUAUGUAUACUGCAAUUGUAUACAUGGAAAAGAGGAUGACCCAUUAUUAAUUAAAAUUUUAU